CUGACUUUCUUUAAUAAAUAAAAUUUUGUUGUCUUCUUGAGUCUGUGAUUAUUGUUGGUUGGUUGGUUUGAUUGGUUUGAAUUUUCUUUCUACUUUAAACUUUUAGUUUCUUUUCUCCUCCGGCGAUGCCUACGCCGGUCACCACGGCGAGAGAAUGCUUAACAGAGGAAGCAGCUCGUGCUCUCGACGAAGCUGUAACCAUCGCUCGUCGGAGAAGCCACGCGCAGACGACGUCUCUCCACGCCGUCUCAGCUCUCCUCACCUCACCUUCCUCCCUUCUCCGCGAAGUCUGCGUCUCACGCGCCGCACGGAGCACUCCUUACUCCUCCCGUCUCCAGUUCAGAGCUCUUGAGCUCUGCGUGGGAGUCUCUCUCGACAGACUCCCGUCGUCAAAGUCUCAAGAAGAAGAUCCUCCGGUGUCGAACUCCCUCAUGGCGGCGAUAAAACGGUCUCAGGCGAACCAGAGACGGCACCCGGAGAGUUUUCACCUCCACCAGAUGCACGGAGGAGGGUGUCAGAGUCAGACGACGGUUCUGAAAGUGGAGUUGAAGUACUUCGUGCUGUCGAUUCUUGAUGAUCCGAUUGUGAACCGGGUCUUCUGUGACGCCGGGUUUCGGAGCUCCGAUAUUAAGCUCGACGUGCUUCACCCUCCGGUGACGAGAUCUCGUUGUCCUCCUCUGUUUCUUUGUAAUCUUCCGAGCGCAGAUCCGAACCGGGAGUUCCCGUUUGGUGGGAGUUUGGACGAGAAUUGUAAGAGGAUCGGACAGGUUUUGUUGUGUCGGAAAGAGAGGAGGAACCCUGUCCUUGUCGGAAACUGCGCUGAAGAAGCUCUUAAAACUUUUACUGAUGCGGUUGAUAAGAAGUUAGGGUUUCUUCCUCCGGAGAUUAAGGAGUUAAGUGUGAUUAAUAUAGAGAAGGAGAUUAGUGAAGUUGGAACAAGAAGUAACGAGGAGAGGCUCGUGAAGCUUGAUGAGUUGGUAAAUGAUGCUAAAUCGGGAGUGAUGCUUAACUUGGGAGAGCUUAAGGUGUUUUUGAACAGUUCUGGUGAUGAUGGUUUGGUGAAGUUGGUGUUGAAGCUCACGGAUUUGGUGAAACGUGAAAGUAAGAAGCUGUGGUUCAUUGGAUGUGCAUCGAGCAACGAGACUUACACGAAGCUUUUGGAUCGGUUUCCUAAGAUCGAUGAGGAUUGGGACCUUCAUGUUCUUCCAAUCACAUCUUCAAGACUUCCAAAAUCAAGCUUGAUGGGAUCCUUUGUUCCGUUUGGAGGGUUUUUUUCGUCUACAUCAGAUUUUAGAGUACCGUUGAGUGGUGGCACAGUGAAUCAGACGCUCCCUAGAUGUCACCUCUGCAACGAGAAGUGUUUGCAAGAAGUAGCUGCUGUUGUGAAGGCCGGUUCAAGUGUCUCCUCUAUUACUGAUCAAUGUUCUGAGAAGUUACCCUCUUGGUUAAGGGCUGCUGAGAAUGAGUUAGACAAGGGACCAAUGAAAAGUACUAAGGCUGUAGAUGACACAAACACAUUAGCUUCUCAAACCACAGCUCUGCAGAAGAAAUGGGACAACAUAUGCCAAAGUAUCCAUCAAACUCCAGCGUUUCCUAAGCUUGGUUUUCAGACCGUGAGUCCACAGUUCCCAGUUCAGACCGAGAAGUGUGUGAGAAGCCUAGCGGAGAAAAAUAGUCCUGAAAGCUCUAAAAUGCUGAAUCCGCUAGUCUCAAAUCCAAAACAUAAGGAGGAUCUCAUGACAUCAUCAGUGCCUAACCCUACUUUGAGUUCUCCUUUGAGCUGUGUUACUACAGAUUUAGGUUUGGGAGUAACCUAUGCAUCAAAAAGACAAGAAACACACACACCGAGAGAGAAACCGCUGCUGGUGACUCUAAACUCUUCUUCAGAACAUAAACAUCAGAGUGAUUUCAAGUCUCUCAGAGAAUUACUCUCUCGUAAAGUCCCAUGGCAGACUGAAGCUGUGAAUGCCAUUAGCCAAAUCAUCUACCAAUGCAAAAGCAACUCCACGAGUGGAACAUGGCUGGCUCUUCUUGGACCUGAUAACGUUGGGAAGAAGAAAGUAGCGUUAGCUCUUUCCGAAUUCUUAUUUAGAGACCAGGCUAAUUGCGUUAGUGUUGAUUUUGGGGCUGAGCACUGUUAUAUUGAUGACAAGUUCAGAGGCAAGACAGUGGUUGAUUACAUAACAGGUGAAGUAUCAAGGAAACCACACUCUGUUGUGUUACUAGAAAACAUGGAAAAAGCUGAGUUCCCGGAUCAGAUGAGAUUGUCUGAAGCUGUGAGUACUGGGAAGCUUCGUGACUCGCAUGGAAGAGUGAUUAGUAUGAAAAACGUAAUUGUUCUUGCAACUUCUUGUGUCACCAAGGACAAAGAUCAUGUAACUGUUGAACCUGUGAAGUUUACUGAGGAAAGAGUUCUCAGCGCUAGAAGCUGGAAACUGCAGAUUAAGCUAGCUGACACUGCUAAAAUUGGGGUGAAUAAGAGGAAACAUGAGGAAGACACAGAGCUGCGUGCUGACAAGGCGAAACGUUCAUAUCUGGACCUGAAUCUUCCAGUGGAUGAGACAGGAGUUAGCUUAGAUCACGAAAGAGAGGAUGCAAAAGCUUGGUUUGAUGGUUUUAUCCAACAAGUAGAUGGAAAAGUGACGUUCAAACCGGUUGAUUUCGAUGUGUUAGCUAAAAACAUUCAAGAGAAGAUUGUUUCACAUUUUAAGAUAUGCUUUGGAACGGAAACACAAUUAGAGAUUGAUAACGAAGUGAUCCUUCAGAUACUGUCAGCUUCUUGGUUAUCACUAUCAUCAGGGGAAGAAGAGAGGAACGUUGUUGAUCAAUGGAUUCAAACCGUUCUUGCUCCAAGCUUUGCUGAAGCGAGGCAAAAGUACGGUUCAAAUCAUACAGUGAAACUGGUUGCUUCUAGAGAUUUAGCUGUCGGAGUAGAGUUGCCAGAGAAGGUGUAUGUAACGUGAGGUAAUUAGAUAGUUACAAUUCCUGAUUGUUUUGUCAUCUGAGAGGCCUUGGUUUUGAGUUCUGUGCUUGUAAAUUAAACAAAAAAUGUAUAAUAGAGAGUCAACUACUAGUAGCUGAGGUAUAAAGUGUCUAUGUAGGGGUUACCAAUUUGCCACAAAACUUUUCUUUUGGCAUUUUGAGUUUUUAUUAGAAAUAAUAAUCUCUCUCCUCCAUAAUAUUUUGCAUUAACAUCAAAAGUUUUUGGGUUCAAAUCUUAGAGAAUGUAAAUUAUGAUUAGAUACGGCUAAUGUCACGGCCGAAAAUGAAAGUGGUGAGCCAGUUAAUAGCAACGUAGAAGCGGUUUCUCCAGCUGACAACUCGAGUCAGAUAAGCAGACCUCCAUAUGAACCAGC